AACUUCAAUAGAAACACUUUUUUAUGUUGUAUGAUCUUUUCAUAAAUACGUUCUGUUUUAUAUUGUUUGUCAAUCAACUUCUGAAAAAGAAAUUUUUGUACUUAAGUUAGUUGAGUUCACUAGUUCAUCUUACCACCAUAUAUGUUAUGUGAUUCUCAGGGCCAGUAACGUUCAUAUUGUUAUUCUAUAAUUUUUUAGCUAGCUUGCUAAAAAUUUUUUUUUUUACGUUGUUUGGUGUUUCUAUUGCACUUGUUAAAAAGCAGCGAUUCUCUUUUUUUUGGUGAAUGAUACCUGUCGUUUCAAAUACUCCAACGUUUUCCGAUUCGGAUAAUUCAAAUCAAUGUAGUGAUUUCUUUACUAGAGUGAAGCGUGAUAUGUCGGUCGCGCAGGAUAAGAAUCUUAUCGGCAGCAGCUCUUCAAACCCUCCAUUCGACGCUAGUACGGUAAAAAAUGAGAACGAUUUUUCACAACAUGAGACUACUCUAAGAAAUGCUUUUCAACAGAGCUUUUUUAAUCCUAAUAAAUCAGAAUCAACCGAGUAUUCCACCCACGCCCGCAAUUUUCGAGCUUGUCGUUUGCGCAAUAAGGCUUCGUCUGCAAUGUUUUAUGAAGGCAAAUCGGAUUCGGAAACAACUGAGGGAAUAUCAAGUGGCAUUAGUGUCGUCACUGAAUCCGAUGAAUCCAGUAAUCUCGUUGACUCCGACGAUACUGAGGUUCAAGGUAACGGGAGGAGACAUUUGAAAAAUAAAUUAACGAAACCGAAUAAUAGUUUGAAAACCAAAAAAAAGGUUACAACUUCCCAUAACAGCAAAUACAAGACAUCCAACACAUUUGGUGGAGAACAUUUAACAACAGCUUGGACACCUCGGUUGUCUAAUGGAAAUCGUAAGAAAGACUUGAGAAAAAAUGACGCCUCUCAUUUAGAUUCCGAUGCAUCUUCCUAUGUUGAAUUUGGGCGGCGUCAGAGAAGUAGAGUCACCACUCAAAAGAAACAAUUGUUACCACCACUACGCGCCUCAACACGCCAUGCUACUAUUUCACAGCCUAAUUUUUCCCAACUGCUUCAAAGCAGUUCUUCAUCAAGUUCUUCUUCUUUUUCUGAUGAUGAUAAUGCUAGUACUUUUGUUGAGUCAAGCACAGUAGUGCAAAAUGUUGAAAAGGUUUUAGGUUAUCGUUUCUUGAAUGAAUCAGAAAAAACAGAAGUUUGUGUAAUGCCGUGGAGUGUGAACAAUGAAAAAGAAACUGUUUUAGACGAUCUGGAAUUUUUAAUCAAAUGGAAUGAUAAGUCUCACCUCCAUAACACAUGGUGCACAUAUCAGUCUCUGGUGAAUACACAUUGUGGUGGACUCCGUAAGGUUGAAAUUUUCUUUCGCAAAAUGCAAUAUUUAAGUCAACAACUUCCCCAUAUGACAAAUGAUGAAAUCGAAUGUCAAAAUAUAACUUUGGAAUUCCAAAGACAAAUCGAUCUUGAUUCUUUGAUUGCCGAAAGAAUUAUCAGUCAUCGAGUUGAAUAUCGUACUCGAACUAUACCAAGCAAUUUUAUAACUAAGACGACUCCUUGUAAAACGUCUUUGUCGCCGAUUGACUUGCAAGAAACCCAUUUGAAUGAAAUCGACAAAGUUAAUGACGCGUCUUUAGAUACAUCUUUGCCCGAUUCGUUAGUAUGCGUGUCUUCGGAGCAGCACGAACCACAAGACGCAUCUUUAGACGCUAAUAACAAUGAAACUAAUAAACAAACUGCUUCUGUGCAGUUUCAAAAACUAAGCACGGAUAUGUAUUAUGUUAAAUGGACGAACUCUCAAUACGAUCAAUGUACAUGGGAAACAGGUGAUGUUUUGCGAGAACAUGGAUUUGCGUCAGUUAUUGAAGAGUUUUACAAGCUGCAAUCGAGGAUUUCAGGAUCUGCUUCAGCAUUUCUUCCGCUCCAUCGUCAUUCCUUGUGUCGAACAAGUUUUCAACCUUAUACAACCACCCCGUUUUAUUUGAAUCAAAGCCAUGGCAAAGAUUUGCGGGAUUAUCAAUUAACAGGUCUGAACUGGAUGGUAUCUCGGAUGAAGAAAGGAUAUUCCGUUUUACUUGCAGAUGAAAUGGGACUCGGAAAAACAGUUCAAACCAUUUCUGUCAUAGGACACAUUAUGUUCUCUGAACUUAUUGUAGGUCCUUUUCUAAUUAUAGUUCCUCAAAGUACAGCGGACAAUUGGCUUAGUGAAUUCCGGCAAUGGCUUCCCACAGCCAACGUGAUCGUUUACCACGGAAAUCCGGUAUCUCGUGCCAUUAUACAAGAGUUUGAAAUGGACCGUGUUCAAGCUUGGCCUUAUGUGGCUUCAAGAAAUACAGAAAAUACAGUUGGUUCUCGCAUUUUAGCCGGUUCCAACCGAUGGCGCUAUCGGUUUGAUGUUUGUAUUUGUACAUUUUCUAUAUUGAACAAUACAGAACAACUUGAAUUUCUCCGAAGGUUUGAAUGGUAUCUAAUAGCAAUUGAUGAAGCGCAUUUAUUAAAAAAUCGAAAAUCGCGUCGUUUUCGAGAGCUCAAAUGUUUUAAAUCACAAUAUCGCAUCCUUUUAUCGGGAACACCUUUGCACAAUAAUUUGGAAGAGUUAUGGUCUUUAUUACAUUUUUUGAGUCCCCGCGUCUAUGAAAAUUUAGAAACAUUUAAAGGACGGUUUUCAGAAAUCGAACAAAAUGAUUCUGUUGGGAUCAUUAAGGAGAAACAAUUAGAAAUGCUUCAAUCCGAACUUCACGAAUUAGUUUUGCGUCGUGUUAAAAAAGAUGUUGAAAAAUCUUUACCUCGUAAACUUGAAAGGAUACUUAGGGUUGAGUUGUCUCCACAGCAGAUGCAAUGCUCUAAAGCCAUUUUGUCCAGAAAUUAUGAGAUAUUAGCUCGUUCAACCGGAACUAGUAAAGCAUCAUUACAGAAUAUUUGCAUGGAGCUAAAAAAAGCUUGUAAUCAUCCUUUGUUGCUACGAAGUGACUUUGAUAUCGCCACACUUCAAUCGAAUGCCUCAAUUUCUCCUUCUUACAGAGAAGAAUGGUAUAAUGCACUACUUAAUACAUCAGGAAAAAUAGCAUUAUUAGAUAAAUUACUUCCAUAUUUAAAGGAACGCAACCACAGAGUUUUAAUUUUUUCCCAAAUGGUUCGCAUGUUAAAUAUUCUUUCCAUGUAUUUAACGUUACGAGGGUUCAAACAUCAACGCUUGGAUGGCACUCGCUCACGCGAGGUUCGCAGAAAAGCAAUUGAUCAUUUUAAUCACCCCGAUUCAGAUGAUUUUUGUUUUCUCUUGUCUACUCGAGCCGGCGGAUUAGGCAUUAAUCUUACGUCAGCGGAUACAGUUAUUAUCUAUGAUUCUGAUUGGAACCCUCAAAAUGAUUUGCAAGCUGAAGCUCGAGCCCAUCGUAUAGGUCAAACUAAAACAGUUCAAAUUUAUCGUUUAGUCACGAAAGAUACCAUUGAGGAGCGUAUAUUAGAAAGAGCAAAAUGUAAAAUGGUUCUUGAUACCCUUGUUGUACAGGGAUUGAAUAAAAGAGAAGACAGAGCUAUUUUUGAUGAUACACAAAUGAAAAAUGAUAAUAAGACCUUGCCGUCACAGCAGUCAGGAUUCAGUCGGGAAGAAUUGAACCGAAUAUUAAAGUUUGGUGCUUCUAAACUAUGGAAACCGUCCACGUUAAAUAAAGUGAGCCAAGAAAGUACAACGGAUACCUCAACUCCAAUGAGCCACUGCCAAUUUUCAGAAGCCAAUAACACAACCAUCGAUCUUGAUCGAAUAUUGGCAGAAGCAGAAGAAACAAAUAACGAAAGCUUUGCAGAUCAACUAUUGUCAAGUUUCACAAAUAUAUCUGACUUUCAUUUCACAGCGACCCAUGAGCCGACAGAAUGUGAUGGUACAUGGGAAAGUGUGAUUCCAAAAGAAGAUCGUAAACAACAUGAGUUUGAAGAUAAUAUGAUAUUCACAAAAAGACAAAGGAAACAAGUUGAAAGACAAGGUGUUAUCUUUUUAAACUACAUAGAUGAAGACUCAGGAGCGCCUUUACCGGUACGUCCCAUAUCCAAUGAUGAUGCAAAAGCGAAUUUAGCCGAAACACCACUAAACAGUUCAAUGAAAAAACUUUCAACACGGAAAAAACAAUCACGGAAACAUGAAAAAAUAACCAGUCAUGCUAACACUAGCUUCGAAAAAGAUGAUGUAGAAGGUACGCCGUUAAAUGGAAAAUCAAGUGAAAAGAAACCCUUCACAGAAAGCAAACGACGUAAACUUACACCAAAAAUUGAGAAAAACCCAGUACCGAAAAACAUGAGUAAAAAAGAUAAAAAGCCAACAACAUUAGAACUAGCUGAAACUAAAAAAAUCAAUAAAACUUCUUCAAUACGUAUACCUAAAAAGAACCGUGAGGACCAAAAUCUUAAAAAAAAUUAACAACAAAAAAUAAUAUAUUUUGUAGUUACAACAGUGUAUCAAAAAACGAUGUAAUCAGUUAAAACCCCAAGACAGUAAAACUCAGACUUUGUUCAAAUUGGAAGAAAUAGGCUUAUUACUUGUGGUCAAGACUGCAACAUCUUAUUCUUUCUAAAAUUACAACAGCGUCAAUUUUUUUUUCUUCUAGUUCGUUUUAUUAUUGCCUAGAAGUUAAUUUAUAAACUUUUAAUUUGUUUUUAUAUAUUCAAGUGUAAAGUUUAAUAUUGACGCAAUAAGUUCUUUUUUUGCUAAUAUACCAUUGUUUUGAAGAUUCAUAGCACUUUCUUCGUGUUCAGUUUCAAAAAAACCACAAAUACUGUACGGUAAAAAAUAAUUAGAAUCCCACAUUUUCAUCAUAAAACAAGGAAUUACGAUCAUGAAAUUACAUUAAAAAAUUGUACAACACAUGCUGACCCAAAAUGAUUUUGUAGUAGCAGUAUGCAUUUGGGUAACGUUAGCAGUCUA